AUGCGGAACCUCAGUGAGGCUGCCACGAACGAGGAGAAUCUGUCGCAGCUGGUAAAACGCCUACUCGGCGUCGUCCGUGCCUCCGAAGACGCGCAACAUGUCGCCUGCGCGUGCGGCAUCCUGUCGAAUUUGACGUGCAACAACAUCCGGAAUAAGCAGACCGUAUGCUCGGACGGUGGCAUCGCCGCGUUGGUCGAUUGCCUCCGGCGAUUCCCCGACGUCGAAGAAGCGACAGAGCCGGCGUUGUGCGCGUUGAGGCACUGCACGGCGCGGCAUCAAUUCGCUGAACAGGCCCAGCUUGAUUUGCGUUUGUCGAACGCGUUCCCGCAGCUCAUCAUCCUGCUCUCAACCCUUCGCGCCCCGGUCGAGACGUCCUCGACCGGCAAGACCGUGGUAUCGCUGGCUAUGGAAGUCUGGAUCCUGGCCGUCAACAAAUUACGCGAGGACCCGAAUGCCGAAACGGACGGCGUCCCGAUGUGGGGCGUCGUUGAGGGGGCUGUCUCGGCCCUCCACCAGCUUGCCACCGACAAACAGGUUGCGAUGGAUUUGGUGCACCAGACCGAGGCCUUGAUACUGACCUACGAGCUGCUCAGGGACCCUUACGUCUCGCAGUCCGAUGACGAGGUUCUGGAGCGAGAAUUGCUCGGCCUCCUCUACCAAAUAGCCCAAAACAGCGAUGGAGCGAGCGCGAUCGAUGAAGCCGGUUUCAUGCCGAUUCUGACUGACUGUCUACGGAGGCAACACCGCUCCGUUGCCACAUACGCGUCGGGGAUCCUGAAACGGCUCGAAUCCGAUCGCCCUCCGCAAUAUCGACAAGAACUCGACAUGGAGGCGUCAUCCGGCUGGCAGCGAGACGGCAUGGAGCCCGAGCUGUUCAGCGAGAUGUACCGCCCCGGCAGCAUGCCGAUCGUGCACACCGGCGGCUCGUUCACGGCGGUUUCUGGCUCGAAUUACGUGGAUCUUUGGGCGUCCCAUCAAGUUUCUAGUGAAAAUGUGAAUUUAUUCGAGGAUAUUUUUGUCGCAGAGGAGCCGGUUUUGUUGGCCAGGGUGCUGGCAAAAGGAUCGCAGAUUGUCACUUGCUCAGCCCUCUCGUCCCGCGGCUCAAAACUGGCCAUUUCCACCGGGGAACGGACGCACGUCUACUCGUUGAGCGACUCGAAGACGCAGCCCAUCAAAAUUCUGCCCGUCACCUUCCCGGCCGCCACGGCCAUAGCGUUCCACGAAAACUCGAUACUCGUCUGCACCGGGGACUUCAAAUUGAUGCAAUACAUGCUGGUCGGCGCAGAUGCGGGCAAUGAAGUUUUAGUGCAAGAAAAAUGCGGAAUCGUCACUUCGAUCGUCUCCCUCGAGGGUAGCUCCACGGCCGCUCUCCUCACCUCGCGGGCUCAAAUUUUUGUCGUCGACCUCGAGAAGGGCACCUCGAGCCUCGUUCGACUGGAGGCGACGAUACCAAAGUCGAUCGUCCUCACUCGCCCCAACGUUCUUACCGUUGCCCAUCAGCCGCUCAAGUCGGACGACCGACGACUCGUCAGUCAGUUCUCCAUCGGCCAUCCGCCAAAACUCGAAGCCACAUACACACGCGGCGAGCUGGGCCCUGGAUUUGGCGGCGCAAGAUCGAUGUCGACGAACGCCUCCCAGGAUACCGUGGCUAUGGUCGAUGGACACGGGAAUAUAAUUGUCAUUAAGGAUAAAACCUUGCGCGCCGUCCAGGCCGAUAUGCCGAUGCGCGGCGACCUGUUGCUAGGCUGGAAUUUGGGAUGGCGACGGACGGCUGGUGAAAAAGCCGACGUGCUCUCGGCGGUCGGCAUCGCCAUCCCGCCGCCCAUCGGCGAUGUGUUCAAGCUGAAGAAAUAUGGCCAAAAA